ACGGAGAAGGAGAAGGAGAUUGCACGGCUGCGCGCGGCGGAGGUCUUCAUGCGCAAGGAGAAUGGCGACGCCUCGUGCACUGUCUGCGGGUACAAAUACAAAAUGGCCACCGGCGCGGGCAUGACCGCGCCGCCCAGCACGCCCUUCGACCUGCUCGGCGACUCGUGGACCUGCCCGCAGUGCAAGUCGCCAAAGGCGUUCUUCACGCCAGACACGAUUGAGAUCGCCGGCUUUGAGGACAACCAAUCGUACGGCUUUGGGACAAACACGUGGACAGAGUCGCAAAAGUCGAACGCAAUCUUC